CCCCACAAAAACAAAAAGACGUAAAUUUUAUAUACGUAAAGAUAGGGUUUAGUUGUUUUUUUUAUAUAUAAAGACCAGCGAACUUAAUAAUAAUUAUAUGGACUGCUGCGGUGGUGAGGUUCGCAGCGAAAGCAUCUACAACAUGCUGCAGGCCCUAGUCGACUCCAAAGUGAUCAACGUGCAGUUAUUUACAAUUGCUGUGGGCAUUUUCUUUGUGGUGUUGCUGCUGAAAAAUAACUUUCGUAGCUUCUCAGGAACAUAAAAAUGGACAAUUGAUGACGCUUUUAGUGGUUAAUUUAUAAAAUAAAUGUAAUAGUGGAGCACCUUGCCAAUGACGUCACAUAUUUUUUCGGCCAGCCACAAAAUGUUCGUGUAACAAAGCGAUUCAGGGUCGUCAUGGUCGUCGUUGUCUGGCAUAAGUCUAUUAUGUACAUAUAUUUAGACAUGUAUGAAUGUACAUAUAAAGCAAACAUAAUGCAUACUAAUUGUAUUUGAAGGCUGAUUGAACUGGUUCAAUACACUAUAUGAGAAUAUCUCUAUUUCAUAAGAA